ACUAGCACCUCCAAGUUCAUCUUAGCCAUAAUAAAGAUGGAGAACAAAAGAGGAGCCGCAAUGCAUGUUAUACCUUCUCGGUUUUACAUUCAUGUUUUUUUUGUCAGUAGCAGUUGCACAAGAGAAAAAUGGCAUGCAAACUUAUAUUGUUUUCGUAGAAAAGCCAGUUUCACAGAAGUUUUCUGAUCAAUUGGAUUUGGAGAGUUGGUAUCAGUCAUUUUUGCCUGAAACAGCUCAAAGCUCAAACCAAGAGACAAGUUCGAGAAUCGUUCAUGCAUACCGCAAAGUGGUAACUGGCUUUGCAGCAAAACUGACACCAGAAGAAGUGAAAGCAAUGAAAAACAAAGAAGGGUUCGUGUCAGCUCGCGAGGAGAGAAUUCUACCUUUGCAAACCACUCAUAGUCCUGACUUCUUGGGAUUACACCAAGGAUUCGGACUAUGGAAACAAACAAACUACGGUGAAGGUGUGAUCAUAGGACUUUUGGAUACAGGAAUUGGACCUGAUCAUCCUUCAUUCAGCGACGAAGGAGUAUCCCCUCCUCCUGCUAAAUGGAAAGGCAAGUGCGAAUUCAAUGGCACAGUCUGCAACAACAAGCUUAUUGGUGCACGAAAUUUCAUAGGUGCAGAAGAAGGGCAUAUUACAGGAACUCCAUUUGAUAAUCACGGCCAUGGUACCCAUACUUCUAGCACUGCUGCUGGAAAUUUUGUGCAAGGAGCCAGCGUGUUCGGAGAGGCCAAUGGUACAGCUGUUGGAAUGGCACCUUAUGCUCACUUGGCAAUGUACAAAGUCUGCACUGAAACUGGUUGUGCUGAUGGUGACAUUUUAGCUGCUCUUGAUGUCGCUGUUGAAGAUGGCGUGGAUGUACUCUCCCUCUCACUUGGUGGUGAAUCACUUCCUUUCUACAAUGAUGUGCUUGCAAUUGGUGCAUUUGCAGCAAUUCAAAAAGGAAUUUUUUUCAGCUGUGCAGCUGGAAAUUCUGGUCCUUCCUACGAGUCUUUGUCAAAUGAGGCCCCAUGGAUUCUCACAGUGGGAGCAAGCACCACUGACAGAAUACUAAGAUUGGAAGGUGAGAAGCUCAACAUAUACAACACUGUAAUUGGAGAUGCACUUGCUCCCAAGGUUGCUUUCUUUUCUUCAAGAGGACCAAGCAUUGCUAGCCCCGGAAUUCUAAAGCCAGAUAUCAUUGGACCGGGUGUUGACAUCCUAGCAGCAUGGCCUGAAUCAGUGGACAAUGCCACACUUCCUAAUCCCAAGGCAACAUUUAACAUAAUUUCGGGUACCUCAAUGGCAACUCCUCACCUAAGUGGCAUUGGAGCUCUACUCAAGAAAUCACACCCUGAUUGGUCUCCGGCUGCUAUUAAAUCUGCCAUUAUGACAACAGCUAAUGUACUGAACCUCGCAGGCUCCCCCAUUGUUGAUCAACAACUUCAACCUGCAGACAUUUUUACUCUUGGUGCAGGCCAUGUCAAUCCUGCAAGGGCAAAUGACCCAGGGCUCAUCUUUGACAUAAAACCUGAGGAUUACAUUCCUUACUUGUGUGGUUUAUAUCACAAUGAAACACAGAUAAAGAUGAUCACCCAACGAGUAGUGAACUGCUCUCAAGCCGGAGCCAUACCAGAAGCACAGCUUAAUUAUCCUUCAUUUGCUAUUACAAUAGGUUCAAAUGAGACUCAAUCUCAGUAUUAUACAAGGACUGUGAGGAAUGUUGGUCCGGCUAGUUCAACUUACAGCUUGGAUCUUUUAGUACCACAUAAAAUGGGGAUGAGUGUGAAUCCUCAGGUGCUUACAUUCACAAAGGUUAAUCAGGAGAUUACAUACCAUGUUGAAUUUAUCGCAGAAGAUGGGGCUGGGAAGGAUGAUGUACCAUUUGGUCAGGGUUAUUUGAGAUGGGUUUCUGAUAAGCACAAUGUUACUACCCCCAUAGCAGUGGUGUUUACUCAACAACACUAAAAUUUUGGUCUUGUAGAACUGUUAGGGUUAGCGUAAGUAAUAAGGGAGGGUUUGGUGUCUAAUCAGUUAAGACCAAAUUGAUGUAGAUCCGAUGGUACGAUGGAUUGAACAUCAAGUAAAAAAAAAAAAUGCAAAUCCGGCAGCAGGAACAAAUUAAGCUUCAUAGAUUUGGGCUCUGGUGUCUGUUAUGAGCUCAGGAUGUGCAUCAAACUCACUGUUUCCCGGUGAUAUAUAGGCUUUUUCUGCCAAAUUUUAUCCUUUACACUGUUCUGUUAGGGUUUUAAGUCUUAAGGAUGAUUUCUGUAUUUUGUUAAUUGUGGAAUUCUAGUCCUAUUUGGACUCCCAGGGCUUCCAAGGUUUGGAGGUAUAAUAAAGCGGUUAGUUUUCAAUA